AAAAUGACAAACCCAGCAGCCCAUCCUCCAGAGAAAAGCUGGAUAGUGAGCCAGUUUGAGGGACGAGCACCGGAAACCCACGGCAUAAGCUGGUCCAAAAUAUGGGAUGUGGGAAAGUCCGACCUCUGGGAUAGAGGACAGACCUCCCCGGCCCUUGUCGAUAUAAUUGAGAAGUAUCAGAAACCGGGUGAGAUGUUUCAUCCAUUUGCUGCUGAUGGGCGGCGGAAGAGGGUUCUUGUUCCGGGAUGCGGACGCGGCUAUGAUGUGGUCAUGCUAGCUUUGCAUGGAUUCGAUGCGUACGGCCUUGAUAUCUCCGCGACGGGCGUUGCGGCGGCGGAAGCAUUUGCGUCGAAGGAACUGCAGAGUCCCGGGGCUGUUAAUUUCGGACCUAACCAUGGCAACAAGGAGAACCAGUCCCGGGGGAAUGUGAAGUUCCUAGAGGGCAAUUUCUUUGCACCGGAAUGGGAGAUUGAAGCUGGUGGGAAGUUUGAUCUGAUUUAUGAUUAUACCUUCCUCUGCGCUCUGCACCCCACAAUGCGCAAAAACUGGGCAGUCCGGAUGGCAUCGCUUCUCGAAAAGGACGGUCUCCUCACCUGUCUCGAGUUCCCUAUGUACAAGGAUCGCACACUCCCUGGUCCGCCAUGGGGGUUGAAUGGCGUUCAUUGGAACUUGCUCGCUAAGGGGGGUGAUGGAAUUGACAUUGACAACGCAACAGGCACCAGAAAAGAAGGUGAGGGAUCUUUCAACCGGAUUCUAUAUGUGCAGCCCGAACGCACACAUGAAGCCGGGCAGGGCACGGAUAUGUUGAGUGUGUACCAGCGAAAGUAGCCUCGUAGCUCAUUACCCGAUCGAAUAGAAAUAAACCCCUAGAAAAAAAAGAGAAACAAAAAGCAAAAAGAAAUGACAAGAGUGGGAUUCGAACCCACGCCCCCUGUCGGAGAUCAGGAAACUUCACAGGAAGUUGUGUGUUAAGGUAACCUUAACCUGACGCCUUGGACCGCUCGGCCAUCUUGCCCUUGAUGAAUAUUAUUGUGUUAUUGUUGGUUACACAAUCCUGACAAUUCAUGCUUGUUGCACAGACCAUUUACCCCGCAAUCCAGCGCGUGGUCUGUAGGUCACCC